CCGACGUAAGGACGCUGUUCUCCUCCUCUCCUCUCCGGAGCAACAGCAAUCUGCCCCGGGGGAGAGGAACGAGGACCCGGCAUGCAGCCUGCAGACACACCGCUGAAGGACCGGGACGGGAUGCGAAUUUUUGCUGAGAACUUUUAAUGAUUCUUUAAGAAGAUGCAGGUUUUCCCUGAAUGAUCAGUUCAAAUCAGCAGAGGAAGCGCUUCAGCAACACAUCAACUGGAAUUAGGAAUAUAAACACAGAAACUUCCGUAGCAGAGAUUCCCUGGAAAACUUUUUCUUUCUUUUUGGAGAUGGAGCCCGAGGAGGGGAAAGUCUCGGUAUGGGUCUGCCGAGAGGAGAAGCUGGUCUCCGGACUGACUAAACGGACCACCUGUGCCGACGUUGUGAGGGUUCUGCUGGAUGACCAGAACUUGCAGCAGGGCGCCGCAGCCGCGAUGCUGUCCGGCUCUCCGCAGUCCUACUGCGUGGUGGAGAAGUGGAGAGGCUUCGAGAGGAUUUUGCCCAACAAGACCAAGAUCCUGCGGCUGUGGAGCGCCUGGGGAGACGAGCAGGAGAAUGUCCGGUUCGUCCUUGUGAAGAGCGAAGCUUCGCUGCCCAACAACGGGCCCCGCAGUGCCGAAGCGCGGGUCGUCCCGAGCCGGGAGAGUGGCGGCCCGGGUGGGCUGCUCAAGGGCACCGCUAAGAGCUGCUGGGUCGCUGCGGCGGCUGCUGCCAACAUGUCCCAAGAGAAGCAGAGGCGCAUCGUCCGGAAGGCCUUCAGGAAGUUGGAUAAAAUGAACAGAAAGAAGGAACAGACAGUACCUAAAGAUAAAAGUUCAGUGGAGAAGAUGGAGACACUGGUCCACUUGGUGAUCUCGCAGGAUCACACCAUCCGGCAGCAGAUCCAGAGAAUCAAGGAGCUGGACCGGGAGAUCGAGAGGUACGAGGCCAAAGUGCACUUCGACCGCAUCAAGAGACACGGGGUGAACUAUGUGCAGGACACGUACAUGGUGGAAUCCUCCGCGGAGAGCCCGGUUCCGUCUGCGGACGGGAAGCGCAAAGCGGAGCACCAGGACGUGCGCUGCACGGCGGAGGCGCUGGCCCAGUUCGAGGAGUACGCGCGCCGCUGCGAGGAGGUGGUGCGGCUGCAGGAGGAGGUGACGGAGCGGGAGGCGCUGGUGGAGAGCAUCACCGGGGAGAUCCAGGAGGAGCUGAACCGGCGCUGGAUGAGGCGGCGGCGCGACGAGGGAGCAUCGGAAGAUGCGCAGGACACCGACAGCACCGUGGAGGAGAUGAGCCUCUGCGAGCCCGCGGAUCCAGAUGUGGAGAGCCUGUCAGAAAACGAGCUCCUGCUGGAGGAGGAGAGGAUAAAAACCCAGCUGGACACCAGUCUGUACAUCGGCUUGAGACUCAAGACGGACCUAGAAGCCAUCAGAGGGGACUUGGACCUGAGUCUGGCACUCUGGGAAACCAAAGAGAGUGAACUGUUGGACCUGCUUGCCAAAGUUGAGACCAUGGAGCUGGAGCAGGCAAACAAACAACUGACUGAUGAUGAAAAGGAAGAACUGCCUGUGAACAGUGCAGAGGCUGACCCGGGGUCAGUGGAACAGAGCACGGGUUGGGUGGAGCAGGCUAGAGGUCUGUCAAAAGCCUGCAGCAUCAAUGAUGAGGAUUCAGACACGGGCCUGAGCUCAAUGCACAGCCAGGACUCCGACAACCCUCCCGUGUGUGAAUCACUGGUGUAAUGCAUCUUUGUGUCGCAGCAUCUUAGGCUUUUAUGUAGUUCAAUGAGACAAACUCAGUGGCAUCGAGAGAAAUCAGUCUUGGCUUCCUGAAAUAUAAAAACCACAUCUCUGUGUGACACUGCAACUCUAUAGCAAUAAUCUCUAUAUAGUCACGGGACAAUAAGCUUAAACAGGAAAGCAUGUGUAGUAGAGGCUUGGUAAGAUGUGCAGCUCCAUAAGCUGAUUUCUGACCUCCAUCUUGGGUCAAAACAGCAUAAUUUAUUAGAAGAAGUAGCCUGGAAGAGUGUUAUAACUAUUAACUUAUGAUCCAUUGUCCUGUAACAAGUGCUGAGAUAAACAUGAUCACAGUUCACAGUGUACUAAGUACAUCUAUAAUGGCGAUAAACAGCAGCUUCGAUGUAAGAGUCAAAAUUGGCUGUGAUGUUUAUUUCAAGAUAUACUGGCAUGUCAGCUGCAAAGGUGAUGAAAACAGAUCCAAAGAGAGCAGUCAUUUCAAAAUAACAGCAAAAAAAAAAAAAAUCACCACUUGCUGUUUCAUAUUUUGAAUGGUCAAAACUUUGGAAAAACAAACUUGUAAGUUUCACAAAUUUGAAUAAAAACACCAAUGUUUACAUAUCCUGCUGAGCAAAACUGAAGAUUCACGUAAAGUUUUUUUUUUCUGUCUAUUUUCCUCUCGGUUACAGAUUAUUAUGGGAUAGAGAUGAGAUUCUCUGAGAAUGCUCACCUGACAAAUUAUUUUACUUAAAGCAGAAAGUUUACCCUACUGCUGUUCAAACAAGGCAUUGAAGUACCUUAGUUCUACACAUUUUGCCUCCAAAGCCUAGAUUUAGCAAAAACAGAUAAAUAAAACAACCUAAUAACCACCUGUUGGACUUAAAGGUAGUUUUUGCUAGCAGAAAUACUAACAAACUAUCAAAGUUUACAUUCUUAUUAGCAUUGAGAAAGCCGUGAGCCUUUCUUUUAGCCAACUCACUGGUUUUGGGCAGUAACAGAUGUUGGGGUCUUGAUACCACUCUAUGCUCCAUACAGCCAGAGAAAACUCCAGUGGUUCUGGGACUUUCUCUGGUCUCUCAAUAAAAGGACUUUGAACCAGUUUUAGAGGGUUUGAAACAACAACUUUUUACAACCUGACAAUGGCCCAUGUCUUAUCAUAAAUUGUAUUUUUUUUAUUAAUGCGCCUCUUUUACUGGUCAACUGUCUAAAAAUUAAACAUUUAUUUUUUGACACAGUAUGGCAAAGAACCUUUCACUCUUAAACAAAGAAAAGCAAGAAUUGAAUUUAGCAUAUUUAUAGCUAAAUUUCUGUCUUAAACCACCUUAAUCUAAAAAAAGAAGGUGUCUCCUUGAUUUUAUUUUCAUCAUUAAAGUGAAACAGGAAACAAAAAGAACAGAAUUUCAUCAAAAGGUAAAAGGAAAAAAAAUGUUAUAAAGUACUGAUGAUCUAUAUUUUGAACAUAUAUUUUAAUGAUGUUAUAUGGGAUGAUAAAAAAGUGUUUAGAAAAAUUCAAGUCCAAUUAGGGCUCAGAAUUGAGACAUUUUCCUUUAGUGAGCUCUGAUCGGUGACUGGCAGGUCAAUUAACAAGUCAGAUUCUUUUCACAGGUCAUUAAACGCAUCCAAAACUAUUCGGCCAAUAAAAGCUAAACACUCAUUAAAUUAAGACAUGAAACUAGAGAGGUAAGCAGUACAAAAAGUGGGUUUGAUUAUAUUCUGAAGCAUAACUGAAGGCUUUGUUAGUGACCAACAGAGAUAAACGUAGAAAAACAGACAAAACAGCAAAAGCAUGCAACAAUCGUAACAAUUGCUUUCAUUAGUUUAUUGUUACCAUCACCGAACAAAUAUUUUUGUAAUUCUUAACUUGUUUUCCCCACAUUUCUCUCAUCACUAUAGUCAAUAAUUAUCUCAUAUAUAGGUUCACUAUGGUUAAGAGUUGAUCAAGUUGGUAAUUUUUAUAUUAAUUGUAAAAAGUUAACAUAUUCAAUCUUAUUUACAUGUUCAGUCCAGCUAUAUUGUAAAUAUAGCCAUUCAUAACCAUUCAUGACUAGCAAAAGAAAAGGUUUAAAAUGAAACAGAUUGCUAGUGAUUGAAGCAGAGAUCUCAUAUCUAGCCCCCAUUAAGAUCCACAAACUGUGGAGCCUACAUUUCACGAUUUUGUUAGAUAAGACCUUCGAUCAGAAGCUCCUCUGCCUAACCUUUUAAAUCCCACAUGUCACAGUUUGUCAGAUCAACUUUAGAUCCCUCGGAUGACGUCAUCAGGCCGGUCUAAUGGAGUCAGGAAACAUCAUACACCUAUUUUUUGUUCCUGACUGGUAUUAGCUCUCUGCUGAACACUGUGGGUGAAACUGGCGCAGUGCUCCUUUAAAUCUGUGUUUGGAUUAUUGUUGUAACAUCAGUUUGGUUGCUCUAACGGGCUUUGUUUCCAUGUAAAGCUUCUUACUCAACCAUAAUCAAUGUGGGCCAAGAAGGAAAGGCUUGUUUUUAUAUCAAGGCUCAGGUCAAAGAAUUGUUGCUCCUUUGUCAUAGAAAUGUUGCGUAAUGCAUAGUGAGACAGCACGUCUCCACGCUCGUAAUCUAGUGUGUCGUAAACAGAUCCAUGUGAACAUUUUGGGAUGUCUUGCAUUCAUUUGGAGCAGACUGAUACGACUAAAACUGUUACACUGGCUUACAGGAGCAACUCUGUAUCUGAAUCGUUACACCGCUGCACGUGCAAGUCCUUCUGCAAGUACAAACACCUGUAAGACUUCGAGAUGCGUUUUGGAACAGACCCAUUUAGUAAUCCUGCAGUCGCUGCAUGUCUGAACGCUGUGACAUUAAGGAGAACUAUUUUCAGCUAUGGUUCACUUUUUCUUUUUACCCUGAAAAUAGUUGCUGCAGAGAAGUAUUUUCUGUGCUUUCCAGCAGAGCUGGCUCCUCUGAGACCUGCACAGACAGCAAGCAUCCCAGCAGAAGUGAUUCAUCACUUUAAGGUCUUCCUUCAGUAAAAAAAUACAUAAUUUACUUUGUAUGUCGUCAGGAUGUUGUGUUGUCACGCUUACAUAUCUGACUCUGUCCAACUGUAAAUGUGAGCAAUAUUAUCUUUGUCACACUUAGAUAAAAAAAAAAGAUGAUACUGUUCCUGUGGAGUUACCAAAAAUGAGCUAAUUUAUGUCUCUUGUUCAGGGACUCUGUAGGCCUCUCACUGACAUUCAGGCAUCUUUUUCUAUAUAUUUGGCACCUAGUUUAGUAACUCUGAAGUAAAAAAAAACAAUUGUGGAGGAAGGAUAUCACCACUCAGCUGUUAGAGUUGAAAUAAACGGCAACAUCUGAA